AUGACGACCGAGCAAUUCGAACCCAUCGCUAUUGUGGGAAGCGGUUGCCGCUUCCCCGGAGGGGCGAACUCGCCGGCGGCACUCUGGGAACUGCUCAAGCAGCCCCGCGAUGUUGCCCAGAAUAUCCCGCCUGAGCGAUUCGACACGGCUGGCUUCUACCACCCCGACGGCAACCACCAUGGAACUGGCAACGUCCGGCAGAUGUACCUACUGCAACAGGACCUGGGCAUGUUCGACGCGCAAUUCUUCUUCAUCAGCCCCGCCGAGGCCGACGCCAUGGACCCGCAACAGCGUCUGCUUCUGGAGACCGUGUACGAGGCUCUGGAGGCCGGCGGCCAUAGCCUAGAAGCUCUUCGUGGCUCGGACACGGCCGUGUACGUGGGUACAAUGGGGGUGGACUACAACGAAACAAUCAUGAGAGACCUUGAUACGAUCCCGACCUAUUUUGGGACUGGGACAAAUCGCGCCAUCAUCUCGAACAGGGUCUCCUACUUCUUCGACUGGCACGGCGCAAGCAUGACAAUCGACACGGCCUGUUCAUCCAGCCUCAUCGCGGUGCAUCAAGGUGUCCAGGCAUUACGUACACGAGAGUCGCGGGUUGCGGUGGCGUGUGGGACACAGGUCAUCCUGGGGCCAGAAUGGUUCAUCAUUGAGAGCAAGUUGAAGAUGCUCUCUCCAACGGGCCGCUCCCGCAUGUGGGAUGCUGAUGCCGACGGAUAUGCUCGCGGAGAGGGCGUGGCUGCGAUCGUCAUGAAGCGGCUGAGCGAUGCCGUUGCCGAUGGGGACCGCAUCCAGUGCAUUAUCCGCGGAACGGGUGCAAACCAAGAUGGCUACUCGAAUGGUCUCACGGUGCCAAGCACGGUAGCACAGGCGGCGCUGAUUCGGAAAACCUACGCCAGGGCCGGCCUAGAUCUGGAAGACCCCCGGGACCGCCCACAGUACUUCGAGGCGCACGGCACAGGCACUAAAGCCGGCGACCCCAAGGAAGCCGGCGCCAUAUUUGAGUGCUUUGCCAAGGGUAGUGCGAACACCGGUCCCCCUUUGUAUGUGGGAUCAGUAAAGACGGUGAUUGGCCAUACAGAAGGCGCAGCAGGUCUCGCAGGGCUUCUGAAGGGGGUUGCCAGCAUCCAGAAUGGGCUCAUAGCCCCGAACCUCCUGUUCAGUCGUCUGAACCCAGCCAUCGAGGCCUUCUACCAGUGCUUGAAGGUUCCCACCAGCCUGACACCAUGGCCCAAGCUACCCGAGGGCGUCCCGCGACGAGUCAGCAUCAACAGCUUCGGGUUCGGUGGAAGCAACGCCCAUGCCAUCCUCGAGGAAUAUGUCGAACCACCCAAAGCCACUAAUUCCGAAAGCGCCACCGAUAUCUCAUCAUCGGAAACACUGUUCACACCCUUCAUCUUCUCGGCUGCAUCCGAGACGUCGCUUGCUGCCCAGCUACAAGCCUACUCAAACCACCUCAAGACACACCAGGACACCAACCUGGUGGACCUGGCCUGGACGCUACAAGCAAGGAGAAGCCAGUUUGCCGUCAAGGCCGCAUUUUCGGCAGGCAGUGUGGCAGAGCUGGCGUCCAAGAUCGAUGCCAAUCUCGCCACGGCUGAGCAGAACUCGGGGAGCAUCGGUGUGCGCUCCAGCUCUAGUAGCUCCAAAUCCGGCGUCCCGACAGCGGCCCCUCGCAUCCUAGGCGUCUUCACCGGGCAGGGUGCCCAGUGGGCUGCCAUGGGUGCGCAGCUAAUCAGGGCGUCGCCUGGGUUUGUCGCGAAGCGAAUAGGGGACCUCGAGAAGUCACUGGACACGCUGCCUUUCGUAGACCGGCCGCAGUGGCGGCUCCGAGACGAGAUGAUGGCGGGUGCCGACACGUCACGCAUUGGCGAGGCUGAGUUGUCACAACCACUAUGUACCGCUCUCCAGAUUGUGUUGGUAGACCUGCUCGAAAGUGCUGGCAUCACCUUCAAUGCCGUGGUCGGCCACUCGUCUGGCGAGAUCGGCGCAGCAUACGCAGCGGGCUUUCUGUCGGACUGUGAUGCCAUGCGCGUGGCCUACUACCGCGGCCUGUAUGCCCGCCUUGCCGGCAGCGACGAGAGGAACACCAACCACAACAGUGCCGCGAAGAGUGCCGGCGCUAUGCUUGCGGUGGGGACCUCCUUGGAGGAUGCGGAGGAUCUCGUAUCCCUAUCGGCAUUCAAGGGGCGGGUUGCGGUCGCGGCGCAUAACUCAUCGGCUAGUGUAACUUUGUCUGGCGACGCUGAUGCCGUCGUGCUAGCUAAGAAGGUCUUCGACGAGGAGAAGAAGUUCGCGAGGUUGCUGAAGGUCGACAAGGCCUACCACUCGAACCACAUGCUGCCGUGCGGCGACCCAUAUAUGGCGGCAUUGCGAGCUUGCGGCGUUGUCGUCCGCCGUCCGGAAGCUGGAAAUGACUGUGCUUGGUUCUCCAGUGUCUUCCCCUCCAGCCAGGCCAUGGAACCAAGUGAGGAGCUCCAGGGCACGUAUUGGCGUGACAAUAUGACCAAGCCGGUGCUCUUCGCCGACGCUGUCAACAAGGCAGUCGCGAGCGACCCUCGGCUCAGUCUCGCUGUCGAGGUCGGGCCCCACCCAGCGCUCAAAGGUCCAGCCACACAAAACAUGUCCGAGGCGGGUGCGGGAACAGCUCUCCCGUACUGUGGCGUGCUGAGCCGGGGCAGUAACGACGUUCAAGCCUUCUCUCAAGCCUUGGGGUUUAUCUGGACGCAGUUAGGCGCUCAGAGCGUGAACUUUACGGCAUUCCAGGAGACAGUGUCGGCCGGGGCGACAGCGAGGCGGCCACGGCUAGUAACGGGCUUGCCAUCCUACCAAUGGAGUCACGCGAGGCGCCAUUGGUACGAAUCUCGCCGGUCAAAUAAGAUGCGAGCACGGAAGUCGCCUUUCCACGAGUUGCUCGGCGUUCUGUCCCCCGACUCGACGGCCCGAGAUCUACGCUGGAACAACGUGCUGAAACCGUCCGAGAUCCCCUGGCUCGAAGACCAUCAACUUCAGGGCCAGACCGUUUUCCCUGCCGCGGGAUACGUUGCCAUGGCUGUCGAAGCAUCCCGUCAUCUUGUUGCGGGGACCAAGUCCACGGUGGAGCUAUUUGAGCUCCAUGAUCUGACCAUCCCCAAAGCCAUCGCCUUUGAUGACGACGAUAGCGCAGGAAUUGAAACCCUCGUCACACUAACUGCAGUUAGGCGAGACGGGCCUAAUAACACCAUCGUUGCCGACUUCUCGUGCUAUUCUUGCCCUAGCGUCAGUACGGCAAGCGCAUCAGAGCAGCCCGACAUGGACCUCAUGGCAAGUGGGACUGUGAAUGCCGUGCUGGGCACGCCCCGUGCCGCGGCUUUGUCCAGUGCGCCCGCGCCCGACAUCUCCAACAUGGCUGACGUCGACAUCGAUCGUUUCUACUCCUCCCUCCUCCAGCUUGGCUACGGUUACACGGGCCAAUUCCGGACCAUGUCAGCAAUCAAGCGACGGCUUAACCAGUCGUCGGUGCAGGUGUCGACUUACCCGUAUGACCUCGACGCUGACGAGAGCCAGACGGUGUAUCUUGUGCAUCCCACCAUGCUGGAUGUUGCCUUCCAAGCCGCCAUAUUGGCAUUCUCGGCUCCCGGAGACGGGCGUCUCUGGUCAUUGCACGUGCCUACUGGCAUCGGCCGUAUUCGCGUCAACCCGCAGCUGUGCGCCGCAGUGCCGCUUUCGGGGUCUGAAGUCCCCGUGUGGUCCCUCGCGGCUGGUGGAAAUGGACCUCGAGAGCCCUUCCGUGCCAGCAUUGACAUCCUGGGCCACGAUGAUGAUGACAGCGGCAGGAGCAUGAUACAAGUGGAAGAUCUGAUCGUCAAGCCCUUCGCACCGGCCACCGCCGCUGACGACCGUCGCCUAUUCUCUCGCACAAAAUGGGAUGUUGCAGCACCCGAUGGGGUCGCGGUCGUCCGAGGUGUGCGGCCCCCCGAGUCUGAUAUCGAGGUAGCAAUCGUCUCCGAGCGGCUGGCCUUCUACUACGUCCGAAAGUGGAAGGCUGAGCUCAGUGACGACGAGUGGGCCAACGGUCAGCCACACCAUCUGAGGCUUCGCGACUUCGUGAACCAUACUCUCGACAUGGUGGCCAGCGGGCAGCAUCAAUAUGUCAGACAGGAAUGGACGAGCGAUACGCUUGAAGACAUCAAGCCCUUGAUGGCAGGACACCCGGACUCUAUCGACCUGAAGCUUAUCUCCGCUGUGGGCGAAAACAUGACAGCGGCCGUCCGCGGCGAGACUACCAUAUUGGAGCACAUGUUGCCAAACAAUAUGCUCGACGACUUUUACGAGAAAGGUCUCGGGCUUGUGGAACUCAACCUAUUCUUGGCCGGCAUGGUGAAGCAAAUAACGCACCGCUAUCCACAUGCCCGUAUUCUGGAAAUAGGCGCGGGAACUGGCAGUGCCACCAAGGCCGUCUUGAAAGCCAUAGGCAACACCUUUUCAUCGUACACAUAUACGGACAUCUCGGCAGGCUUCUUCGACAAGGCGGCCGAUAUUUUCGGUGCUUACCGCGACAAGAUGACGUUCAAAGUGCUGGACGUGGAACGAUCACCGGCCUCGCAGGGAUACGAUCCCCACUCCUACGACAUCAUCAUCGCGUCCAAUGUAUUGCACGCCACGGCAGUCCUGCGGCGCACGCUCGAGAACACGCGACAGCUGUUGAGGCCAGGCGGUUAUCUGAUGUUGGCGGAGCUAACGAACAUCGGGCGUGUCCGGUACGGCGAGAUCAUGGGCGGGCUUCCGGGGUGGUGGCUCGGCGCUGACGACGGACGCAAAUAUUCUCCGGCUCUCACGCCGCACGGGUGGCAUUCCGUAUUGCGCAACGCCGGAUUCUCGGGGGUAGAUUCCGUGACGCCAGAGUUGGAUGCCAACGGGACGUGGCCCUUUUCCGCCAUAGCGGCACAGGCUGUUGACGACCGCAUCAAUCUGCUGCGGCGUCCGCUGCUUGCAACGUCGUCGUCUAGCAUCAUCUACCUUGAAAGCGUCGUCAUCUUGGGCACGCGGAGUCUGGAGAGCUCGCGCAUCGCAGAAGAGCUGGCCGACCAUCUGCACCGCUUCAGCGGCCGCGUCACAAUCCUCAGCGGGCUCCCGACGGAGGAAGAGGCGCAGAACCUUGAACCCAUGAGCACGUUCGUCAACCUGGUCGACCUAGACAGUCCCAUCUUCAAGGGCAUGACAGCAUCCCGGAUGGAAGGGCUCAGGAGAGUAUUCGAUCUUGCCAGGCACAUUCUCUGGAUCACGAAUGGGGCCUCUUCGGCGGACAAUCCAUACCACAUGGCCAGCACGACUUUUAUGCGGGCCAUGAGCCACGAGGUGUCCCAUGUGGGCAUACACAGCCUCGACGUGGCAGACGUGGGACCUGACAGCAAGGAUGCGCCCAAGACGAUUGCCGAGCACCUCCUGCGACAGGCGGCGCUGGAAGAGUGGGAACGCGAAGCGCCGCGCAUCGCCAACCGGAUUCCACGCCACGCCUUCAUGUGGUCCAAGGAGCCCGAAGCGUUUGUGAACAAGCGCGGCAAGUUGUUGGUCCCUCGCUUGAUGGGAAAUCCUAGCCAGAACGCCCGGCUUAAUUCGUUGCGGCGCGUGGUUGCUCGCUCCGCGAAACUCAGCACGAGCCCCGACGUGUCCAUUGCGCUGCGUGCUGAUGCGCCGCCGGCGCUGGUUGAGCAAGACCCCGCAACGGGCGGCCAUGAUGACCACAAAGACAAGAUCAGAUCGUCUAAAAAGUCCGCCUCGGCGCGGGUGCGCGUGCGGGUCGAGGAAUCGAGCUUGAUGGCUCUGAACGUUGCAGGGGACGACUUUUUGUUCGUUGGGGUCGGUAAAAAAGGAGCCGACACGAACAAAGGCGGCGACCUUGUCUUCCUGUCGACCACCAAUUCUUCCACGACAGAAGCCGUGGCUAGUGUCUCCCUAGCGGCCAAUCAGCUGCCGGCGCUAGUGGCAGUGGCGAGCGAGCUGCUGGCCGCAUCCGUGGUCGAGACCCUGUCAUCGGGGAGCUGCAUUGUGGUCCACUCGGCCGUGCCAGCUAAAGACUAUUUUUUUGCCAUCGCGCUCAAAAAGCGAGCGGAGACGAAGGGCGUGCGCGUCACUUUCGUGACUUCCGCGACCGACUCAUUAGGGCUCGGGCUAGGGCUAAAGUGGGCCAAGCUCGAAGAGCGAACGCCCAGUCACGUGCAAAAGCGGAUACUUCAGUCCCCCGCCAAGGGUAGACCCACCCACUUCCUAGACCUGGCGAGCAGUAGCACAUCAUCGGAAGGCGGCGGUCGAAGCAUCUCUGCACGCCUUUUACCGGCUAACACCAAGACGAUACGCCUCGCUGACCUGGUGCGAUUGGAGGCACGAGUGGCAAACAGCUCUGGCCCUGCACAGCACCGGGAAGGAGUUUUGCUAUCGCGUCUCCAAGAUGCCGUCGACCAUGCAGCGUCCAAUGCAACGUCGUCGUCUGGCGCUGGAAGCGCCGACGCUCCAGCGGUCACUAGCCCGGUAGUGCCCCUCAACCAGAUCCACCAGACCAAACAUCACCAGAUAACAAGCGCCGUGCGCUGGCAGACCGACCCGUACGAUGCGCCAGUCCAGCUCGAAGCGCGUCCGCUUGACGCCAAGCGUCUAUUUUCGGCGGACAAUUCGUAUCUGCUGGUCGGCCUCACCGGCGAAAUCGGGCGGUCAGUCUGCGAAUGGAUGGUGGCGAACGGCGCCGGGUGUGUCUGUCUGGCCAGCCGCAUGCCCAAGGCAAAUAGCACAUGGCUGCAGUCCUUCGACGGCACGGCUUCGACCGUCAGGCUCUAUGCCAUGGAUGUCGCCGAUAAGGCUAGCGUGGCCCGCGUUGUCGCUGACAUCCGUGCCACCUGCCCUCCCAUCGCUGGCGUGGCCAACGGCGCCAUGGUCCUGCGCGACUCUCUGUUCUCGAGCAUGACGCUGGACAUGAUGCAAGACGUAACCGCCCCUAAGAUCGAUGGGAGCAACAAUCUCGACGACAUCUUCCGCAGCGACCCCCUCGACUUCUUCGUGCUGUUCUCCUCGUCGUCCGCCGUCAUCGGCAACUCGGGCCAAGCAAACUACGCCGCAGCCAACGGCUACCUGAACGGGCUCGUCCGCCAGCGCCGCAAGCGGGGCCUUGCUGCUUCGGCUGUCGACAUUGGCCGCGUGGCAGGCCUGGGCUAUGUCGAGUCGGCCGGGCAGUUUGUGCGGGACCAGCUGACGCGCUUUGGCAUGAUGCCUAUCUCUGAGACUGAGUUCCACGCGCUGUUUGCCGAGACUAUCCAAGCCGGCUACCCGAGUCCUAAAGCGGAGGAGCAUGUCGAGGACGGCGUGCAGUCUCCGGAAGCCGUUGUCACGACUGGGAUCCGCACCAUCCGCGAGGACGAGGAGCUAAAGGGCCCAUGGUUCGAGAAUCCCUUCUUCUCCCAUAGCAUCAUUGAAACGAGCGGCGGCAGCACUGCUGCGGAAGGCACCAGCCAACUUGACAAGAAGAAGAGCCUCCUCCCAGUCCGGGAGCAGCUUGCCGCCGCCGCUACUCAAGGACAGGCACUGGACAUGUUGCGCGAAAGCUUUGCCGGAAAGCUGUGUUCCGUCCUGCAGAUUUCCAGCGAGGCGCUCGACCACGACGCGCCUCUUGUCGAACUUGGGAUGGACUCGCUUGUCGCUGUUGAAGCGCGUUCCUGGUUCCUAAAGGAGCUCAAGGUCGACAUUCCGGUUCUGAAGCUCGUCGGUGGAUCAUCCCUCGCUGGUAUCUGCGAACUGGCGCUGAAGAAGCUGCCCGAGGAAAUCCUCGGCAAGAUUAAGACAGGUGGUCAGAGUUCUCCCCCACCGCCAACCGCACCAUCGUCCCAACCGCAGCAUUUAUCUACGUCUAAUGUUCCGCCCAAGCCUCCCUCCACGGCAAGCACUAGUUCCGCUUCUCGGCCCAGGGAGGACUCGACAACACCCAGUCGGCGUACCCCACCACCGCCUGACACACCGACUUCUACAGCCACGCAGAGCUCCGUCUCUUUUGCGCACAAGGACGCGUCGAGCCCUAUCGCGUCUAGUGCCUCGGCAGGUGUGGUGCCUGGGACAUUCGUCAAGACGCAGCCCGUAUCGCUUGGCCAGUCGCGGUUCUGGUUUCUUCGGCUGCUGAUCGAAGAUCAAAAAACCUUCAAUGUUUCCUUCAAGUACCACAUGUCGGGCCAUGUGCGCGUCGGUGACCUUGAAGCUGCUCUCCGUGCCGUUGCUGCCCGACACGAAUCCCUUCGCACGUGCUUUAUUGGAGAUGAACGGGAGGUAGACCAGGCAUCUCAGAAGAUACUGGCUCGGUCCCCAAUUAAGCUGGAAUACGAGAAAAUCCAAUCCGCGGAAGAGGCAACGGCUGAGUACGCGAAGCUCCAGGCGCACGAGUUUGACCUGGCCAGGGGUCCCUUGCUGCGGCUCGUCCUCCUGACACUGUCGCCCACAUCCCACUACCUCUUGGUUAACUCGCAUCAUAUCAUCAUAGACAUGGCCAGUUUCCAGGUUCUCCUCUCCGAGAUCGAGAAGGCGUACAACGGCCAAUCUCUCGGACCGCCGCCGCUACAGUACCCCGAUUUCUCGGUGGCGCAGCGGCAAGCACUUGAACGGGGUGAGCUGAACGGCGAGCUCGAGUAUUGGCAGAACGUGUUCCCGGCCGGCGAACAGCCUCCCAUCUUGCCCCUACUGCCCAUGGCUCGAUCGAGCUCCAGAGUAGCCAUAACCGACUAUGCGGUCCAUCAGGCCAGCGUCAAACUUGAGCCGGCCCUGGUCUCACAGAUCAAGACGGUGUCCAAGGCGCAGCGCUCUACACCCUUUCACUUCUACCUGGCUGCGUUCAAGGCCAUGCUAUUUGCAUUCACCGAUGUCCAGGAUCUGACUAUCGGCAUUGCUGACGCCAACCGCAACGACGGCGAUGUGGUGGGAAGCAUUGGCUUUUUCGUGAACCUCCUGACCUUGCGAUUCCGUCGCCAAGCCACCCAAAGCUUUGCGGAUGCCAUCUCGGAGGCACGCAACACGGCCUACGGAGCGCUGGCCCACUCGCGGCUGCCGUUUGACGUCUUGCUGAAAGAACUCAAUGUGGCGCGUUCUUCAUCGUAUAGCCCAUUUUUUCAGGCAUUCUUCGACUACCGACAUCAAGCUCGUGGUCAGAGCUGGUGCCAUUGCCAGUUUGACCUGGAGGAGCUGCAUCCCGGGAGAACUGGCUACGAUAUCUCCCUGGAUGUCGCCGAUGCAGCUUCCGGUGCCCAUGUAGCAUUACGCGUGCAGAAAGCAUUAUAUGACUCGACGGCAGCAAGCCUUCUACUGGAUACAUAUGUCCACUUUAUUAGCAUCCUCUCGCGAGACGCUUCGCAAUCCUUGCAAGACGCCCCUCUCUUCAGUGACAAGCAACUUGCCCAGGCUGUUCAAGUUGGUCGAGGUCCCGACCUCGUUUCAGAUUGGCCAGAAACUCUGCCCCAUCGGAUCGACCAAGUUGCGAGAGAGAAUUCCGACAAAACAGCUCUAAUGGAUGGCCUCGGCAGCAGUCUGACAUAUUUAUCGAUGCUCAACAGAAUCGAGGCCAUCGCCGAGGCACUGAUCCAGGCUGGUACUGGCCCCGGCUCCCGAGUGCUCGUUUUCCAGCAAGCUUCGACCGACUGGGUAUGCUCAAUGCUUGCCAUCAUGCGCAUUGGAGGUGUCUACGUGCCGCUCGACCUUCGCAACCCCCUGUCACGCCUUGCAGCACUAUCCCAAGACUGCCAGCCGGGCGCCGUUCUGGCUGAUGGCACAACUAUCAGCGAUGCCCCGCAACUAAAUGUUGCCGUUGUUCUUGAUGUGUCCCGUAUUGCGUCUGCACCGUCGACUCGCAUCGCCAACUCCGCAGACACCGACUCGCCCGCCGCCAUUCUGUACACCAGUGGGUCGACAGGCGCUCCCAAGGGCAUUAUCAUCCGACACUCGGGCAUUCGGAACGAGAUAGAGGGGUAUACGAAGACCUACAAGCUAGGCGCGGAGCGGGUUUUGCAACAGAGUGCCUUCACCUUUGAUUUUUCCGUCGACCAAAUUUUCACAGGCCUCGUCAACGGCGGCAUGGUGUAUGUCGUUCCCUGGUCCAAACGCGGUGAUCCGGUUUCUAUCACCGAGAUCAUCAGAACACAGUCAAUCACGUACACCAAAGUAACGCCCUCGGAAUACUCGAUGUGGAUGGAAUAUGGCCUUGACAACCUUCGCCAUGCAUCCAGCUGGCGCUUUGCCUUUGCAGGGGGCGAACCCCUGACUGAUCAUGUCCUGCGACAGUUUUCCAGUCUCGGUCUUGGGCAACUACGUCUUCACAACUCAUACGGACCGGCCGAGAUUUCCAUUGCAUCGCACAAGGGGCUAGUCGACUACCACAAAGAGAGAUCCGACAAAGACGGACCCGUGCCUUGCGGGUUUUCUCUCCCCAAUUACACGACGUACAUUUUAGACGAAAAACUCAAGCCGCUUCCAGUCGGCAUGCCUGGAGAGGUGGUAAUCGGCGGUGCCGGUGUGUCUCUAGGCUACUUGACCGACAAGGAACGGACUGCCCGCGUCUUUGUGCCCAAUCCUUUCGCGAGCGCCGAGUACUUGGCUCAAGGCUGGACUGAGAUGCACCGCACGGGUGAUGUUGGAAAUCUACGGCCGGACGGGUCCCUAGUCUUCCGGGGCCGUAUGGCAGGCGACACCCAAGUCAAGCUGCGAGGCCUUCGUAUUGACCUGCGCGAUAUCGAGACCAACAUGGUCGCUACUGCCCGGGGUGCCCUGAAGGAAGCCGUCGUCACUCUCCGCAAAGGGGAUCCCGACUUUCUUGUGGCCCAUGUCGUGUUUGCGCCCCAGCUCGGUAUUGAUGAUCAGGGUGCUUUCCUAGAGCAUCUCCUCAGCCGGCUUCCAAUCCCUCAAUACAUGAUCCCCGUUCUAGCGGUUCCCCUCGACAAACUCCCCCUCACCAAUCACGCCAAGAUUGACCGAAAGGCCAUUCAAGAGCUGGCUCUUCCUCGGCGUGUUGCCAUCGACGUCCAGCACGAUGCCGAACUGACCGAGACGAUGGCUCAACUGAGACAAGUGUGGAGACAGGUCCUCGGAAAGGACAGCGAGGAACUUGGACUCGCCAUAACUCCUUCCACCAGUUUCUUCUCCGUCGGUGGCAACUCCCUACUUGUCGUCCGCCUCCAGUCCCGAAUCCGCCAAGUUUUCAAUGUCGCCGUCCGCCUAGUCGAGCUCCUUAAUGCCAAUACACUGGGCCAGAUGGCGCGGAAGGUAGAAGAAGGCAACAACGUUGACCUCAUUGACUGGGAACUGGAAACUUGUCCACCAUCAACAACACCCAGCUUCCACCACCAGGGUGCCCAAGCUCGAGCAAACAGAGGGGGCACCAAGACUGUGCUGGUCACAGGUUCAACGGGCAACCUUGCUGGGUCUCUUGUUCCGCUCCUGCUAGCCGAUCCUCGCGUCUCCAAAGUCCACUGCGUUGCCGUCCGCCCCAAAGCUCGCUCCGGACGGCAGCAAACUCUCGCUCACUCUGACAAGAUGGUGUAUCAUAGCGGAGAUCUCUCGGCACCCCAAUUCGGACUCACCGAAGACGAAUUUCAAGUGCUGUCCAGCGAGGUGGAUGUGAUUCUGCAUUUGGGCGCCGUGCGUUCAUUCUGGGACAACUACCAUGUCCUCCGCCUCAGCAACGUCCAGUCGACGAAGGAGCUUAUUCGGCUUGCCACCCCUCGUCAAAUCCCCAUCCACUUCGUCUCCACCUCUAGCGUCUUGCCCACGGAGGUUCUGUGUUCUACUGGGGCCGCACAAGCCACAUUAUCGGCUGCAGCGUAUGCCCCCCCGGCCGAUGGCUCCGACGGUUACCUCGCAUCCAAAUGGGCCAGCGAGCGUCUACUCGAGCGCUCCGCGACGACUCUAGGCGUUCCCUCCUUUAUAUACCGCCUCCUCCCGGCAGCCCACGUGGGGCGAGAAAAGCAGCCCAACAGGGACGUUCUGGACGAAUUCGUCCGGUGCAUCGACCUCGCGCACAUCAUGCCCGACUACACAGGCUGGGAGGGCCGCGUCAGUCUCUUCCCUGCAGAGCAAGUCGCCAGACUCUUAUUCGACUCGGCCGUUGUGCCUUCUCCCGGGUCGGAUUCGGCGCCGGCGGUUGCCCAUUUCGUGCACUGCGAGAGCCCCAUAUCCCUCGCAGUGGGCGAGCUCAAAGCCUAUCUUGAGGAGAAGAGAGGGGACUCCGGUUUCGAGAAGCUGCCCAUGCUCAAGUGGAUGGGCCGCAUCAAGGCCGUCGGCUUCGCUUUUGUGCUGGCUUCGCUCGAGACUACGCUCCUCGUCCCCUUCGCCAUUGCCAUAGACAACUACCUGGCCAAAGGCAUCCUGCAACCCAAAGCCUCGACCCCCAAGCUGGCCCUGAAACCCAUCCCAAACUUCUUGAAAAUGACCAGCGACGGGAAGUGGGAGCUCACGGCGAAUAAGGGCGGCAAGUUCACCAUCACAAUUGCCGACUCCAAGGGGAAACAAGUCGUGGCGCUCAUGAGAGCCCCCACCCCGACUGGCGGGUUCCGGUACGAGGUCCGCGGCGAGGGCGAGUGCACCCUGACGCUAUUCGCGGCCAACGCCGACACCCUUCCCAUGACCUCGGUCGAUGUUCAUAUCCGGGUCAAGUAG